AUGAAGCUCUCUGGAUUUCCUCUCUGUCUUCUGUGUGCAAUCCUUUUUCUGUGGCUAGCACAUGCCGGGUCUCUCAGGAGGUGUCUGAUUUCCAUGGAUAUACAUCACAUGGAAAAAAGCUUUCAAGGAAUAAAAACUGCAGUUCAAGCAAAGGACGGCUUUCAGAAUAUCACCAUCCUCUCUGCAUCUGAGACCCUGUACAACAUCACGCCCUCAGAUGUAUGCUGCAUGACCAAAGACGUCCUACAGUUCUACGUGGACAAGGUCUUCAGGAAUCACGAGGAGUCAGACCCCAAAAUCCAGAGGGGUCUCAGCACCAUCGCCAAUUCUUUCCUCCACAUUCGGAAUGCCCUGGAGCAGUGUCAGAGUCAGAAGAACUGUUAUUGCCGAAAAGAAGCCACUAGCAAGUUUCAACUUAUUGUCAGAAAUUAUGAGCAGAUGGAAGUCAAAGCUGCAGCAAUUAAGUCUCUGGGGGAAUUAGACAUCUUGUUAUCCUGGAUCAGCAGGAACUACCAACCUAAAGCUACUACUAAAUGAUGGCUGAAGAACUGUUCUCUACCCAUGGAAGAAAGCUAAAGAUUAGGAGUCUAAACAGAAUGGCAUCUACACUUUCUAAAUACAAAAAUCAGGACAGGUUGCAAAAAAUAAUCCUUUCACCAUAUCUCAUUAAAAAUCUAUUUGAUUUUUUUGAAAAUGGGACAGAACUGAAAAAUUCAGGGCAUAUGGUAGAAGUAUCAGUGAUAGGCCAAAUCUGAGUGGAGAGGGCUGGGUGUGAAGUAAGGGAAGGAUGAUGGGAAGAGUAUCAAGUUUAUACAGAAAUAUUUUUAUCAGGACAAUAUAGAAUGAUUUGUUUUUAUUUUCACUGAAGGGAUAUAUGGGGAGGGGGUAAGGGCAAGGAUAGGGAGAAGAGAGAACCUUGGCCAUGACAUGGGAUUCUAUUGGCUGGUGUUAGGCUGUCCAGUCCCACUUGGAAGCUGUCUUUCUCUUAAAAGUUGCCAAAUAGCUUCCUAUUCUAUUUAUGCUUUUUGCAUGUGCUUGUUGAAAAAUUCCCCAUUUUGUUCCUUGCUAUCUCUGUGAUCCUGGCUCCCCUUUAAUUUAUUGUGACAUUGUUUGUCCCAUGUCUGUGAUGUCAGUUGGGCAAUAUCUGGGUAGUACAUAUUGUACAAAGUAUUUGCUGCUUAAAUAAAUUGUU